AUGGAGGCCAGGGAAGGAUGGAAGAUUUCCUUCAAGAAGCUCCUCAACGUUCUCCUCUUCAGCGUCAUCUUCAGCUCCUUCCUCAUCAUCUCCCUUUGUCCGUUCGGGAGUUUGGAGCCGGAGCAUCGCUACCCCCGUUCCCUCUGUCCAGACAUCCCAAGGUGUGGGAAUGUCAGUGCCGUGCCCAGGGGUGGCCGCAGCCUGACCAUCCUGCUCUGGACGUGGCCCUUUGGGUCCAGCUUCAACUUCACCAAGUGCUCGGAGCUCCUCGGCGUUCCGGGCUGUCACUGUCACUUCACCACCAACCGCAGCCGCUUCUGCCAGGCGGAUGCCGUGAUCCUGCACCACCGGGACGUGUGCGGGGACAGGGAGCGCCUGGCCCGGCUGCCCCGGCUCCCGACCCAGCCCUGGAUCUGGCUCAACAUGGAGUCUCCGAGCCACUCCUCAAACCUGAGCGCCAUGGACAACCUCUUCAACCUGACCAUGUCCUACCGGCGAGACUCGGACAUCUUCGUGCCCUACGGGGAGCUGCAGCUCCUGGGGCAGCCCCAGCCCGUCACCAUCCCACACAAGUCCAAACUGGUGGCCUGGGUGGUCAGCAACUGGCAGGAGGAAUCCCACCGCGUCAGGUACUACCAGGAGCUGCGCAAACACAUCCCUGUGGAUGUCUACGGGAAGAACCACACCCCGCUGGCCCAGGACGAGCUCCUUGCCACCAUCUCCCAGUACACCUUCUACCUGGCCUUCGAGAACUCGCAGCACCAGGAUUACAUCACCGAGAAGCUCUGGAGGAAUGCGCUGUCCUCCGGCACCCUCCCCGUGGUGCUGGGGCCUCCUCGGGACAACUACGAGCGCUUCCUGCCCCCCGACUCCUUCAUCCACGUCGACGACUUCGGCAGCGCCCAGGAGCUGGCGCGGUUCCUGUUUGAGCUGGCCUGGGACGCCGAGAGGUACCGGGGCUACUUCCAGUGGCGCCGGUGGUUCCAGCCGGUGCUGGGGACGGGCUGGGCCCGGCGGCUCUGCAGGGCCUGCCACUUCCUGCACACCACGGAGCCCCGGUACCGCGCCGUGUCCCACCUGGCCGCCUGGUUCGUGUAGCUGCUGGUGGCUCGACCGCCCCUUUGUCCCCCUGCGAUUUCCUGGGACGCACUGGGAACAAGAGGGACGAGAGGAGCAUUGAAGCAAACAGGGACAAGGAAGUUGUGGGGUGUUUAUGUCUUUGUUUUGCUGGAGAAUGGAAGAGGGGUUUGGGGUGGGUUUGGCUGCUCCCUGCAGAACUCAUUUCACCAGAGUUGCUCACCUUCAGUCCCUGUGGACAAUUCUGGAGCAGCUCCAGAGGUGGCCAAGAGGGGAAGGUGGAACAGCAAUUCCCAUCACAAACCUGUCCCAAGGACUUUGAAAGGGAUGGCACUGCCAGGCUGCUGCUCCUGCUGCAGGGGGAGCUGGCCCCGUUCCUCUCUCCUGAUUCCUCUCUCCCAGUCCCCCAGCCCCACCCUGGCCACCUUUGGGUGCUGCCUCAGCACAUCCCUGGCACCUCCACUGGGCUCUCUGUUUUCCCGACUGCUGAUCCCCGAGCUGAGCUCUUCAAAGGUCUGUCCUGACCCCAGGGGUUUUCCAUGAGGGAAAUCAGCUCCCAGCCCAGCAGUGCACACAGGGAUGCAAUUGUUUCCUCCAUCAGCAACGUUUCACAAACAUUUCCAAGAAUUCCAGCUGCUGUUCCUCCUGCAGUCAUUCCGUAGAACCAUCCACAACCCCUUGUUUUACCAUCAAAAAUCCUUUAUUUUCAUAACUUUCACACCUUCGUUUUUCCUCUGCUUUGGUUGAACACGUAGAUCAGCACAAGCCAAAUGGAGAUUUUUCUCACUGGGAGUUAAUUUUGAGAAGCUCCAACAAUGAGGUCCAGCACUCUGAGCAUCCCAUUUCCUGCCUCGUUCCUUUUUCCAUUGCAAAAUGACCAAAGGAACACUGAACAUCAUCUGGGAGCUGUGAGUUCUAAACUGGGGCUUAAAUGAAACUGCUUUACUUAAAGCAACAAAAAUUUGCCACUUACACUAUGGAAGUUGACAACACACACCUCAUCUCCGUGGAAUUACACCCAAAACCAUCCCUGAUCCCAACACAUCCCAACUUCACUUUUUUUCCUGUGACCGCUGUUUUCAUCCUAUUUUUUUUUUUUUUUUUUUGUGCUCUUGGAGGAGUCAGAUUUUCCAAGCAGCCCUCUCCUGCUGGAUCAUUAAACUUUAAUUUGUCCAUUUUUAAUAUUUAUUUCUUUCAUUCUGGACUGACUGGCAGCAGGAUUUGGGUUUCCCUUGGUUUUUCUGGAGCGCGCACACGCCGUGCACGCGCACAGGGGGAGAUUUAUGGCUCUCCAAAGAUUCCUCCUAAAAUAUUUACAAAGUGGAGCUCGGAGCGGGAAUGUUUGACUCGGCCGUGGCUGUCAGGCCUCUGGGUGGCAUGAGGGGGGAAUAUAAACAGACCUUUUUUUCCAUUCCCAAAAAAAUACUAUAAACCUUUUGUCCUUUUUUUUUCCUUUCCCCCUCCGGUUGUUCUCAGUUUUCCAGUGCCAGGUUUGAACCUAUUUUGGAGAGAAAAUCAAAAUAAAUUCUGUUUUUCUGGACAGACUGGGCUGGGAGUGAUGGUGUUAAAGGAUGGGGAUUUUCCCCCUUCCCUUUCCCCUUCCCCUUCCCCUUCCCCUUCCCCUUUCCCUUCCCCUUCCCCUUCCCCUAUUUCACAUGUUUUUCCCAGAAUUGUCACAUCUUUGAGCCAACCCAACUGGAAGCUCCUUUCCCAGAAGGCCAAAGCUGAUCAUUUCUGGGUCUUUCCCCAAAAAAACUCAAAUUCCCCUUUUCCUUGCCCAUCCCCACUCCCAUGGCGGGGACUGACCAUCACUCAACCGUCGUGAAAGAAGAGAAAUCCGUAGAAUCCUUCUUUUUAUUCCCACUUUGCCGCGAGGAUGGAACAGAUCACACCCGAGUUCAGGUUUACUUAAAAAAAAAAAUCAAACAGCUUUUUUUGGU